AUCUCAAGUCGAAUCAUUACGAAUUCACGGCUCGACGUUUAACAUACAAUUGGCGUUUCGACUAUCCGCUCGCGGCUUCCUAAAUAGAGAAAAGAGCCCCCAAAAAGGCUCAAAAUUUGAUUUAGUGAAGUAAAGCAGAGUGUUAAGUGCAAAGGAAACCCAUAAGGAAAGCCGUUAUAUUCAGUGUUUAAAUACAAAAGCAAUUUUACAAAAAGAAAAGAAAAAUCAACUUUGAACAUCAGUAUUGAUUAAUUUGAUUUUUAAUAUAUUUAAUAAAUUUCUAAAAUUAUUUGUGUUGUGUCUUUAAAAAUGUUGUUAUUUACGGUGCUUCUAUUGUGUGUCUCCUCUGUUUGGGGUGAACUUUCAUGGUGUGAUCCGGAAAUAUGUGGUGGCAACAAGGAUGUUCGUCAUAUAGCCUGUGAAAAUUAUGGUGCAUUUCAUCCACGUUGUAAGCCAGACUCCAAAGUUCUCGAUAUAAAUGCCUACAGUCAUGUCUUUGUCGAUGAACACAAUAAACGACGCAAUUUAAUAGCAUCAGGUCAAUUACCUGGCUACUAUCCAGCAACAAGAAUGGCCACAAUGGUCUGGGAUGAGGAACUGCAAUAUCUGGCCAGUUUAAAUGUUCGCACCUGCAUACUGGAGCAUGAUGAUUGCUAUCACACAUAUCGUUUCCAAAAUUGUGGUCAAAAUUUGUGUGCCGUUUCACGUCUUAAGCAGGCACCUUUAAAUAUCACAAGCAUUAUAACACAAACCUUGCAUUUGUGGUUUGACAAGGAACAUCAUUUGGUGGAUCGUUCAUAUGUGGAAGCCUUCCGAGUGUCUCCACAUUUUGAACACUAUGGUCAUUUCACCGAAAUCAUAGUUGAUCGCAAUUUCCGGGUGGGCUGUGCCAUUUUACAAUACACCAGACCCGAUUAUCUCCAUGUCUAUGUGUAUCAUGUGGUCUGCAAUUAUGCCUCUGUCUAUGCCUUGGGUGCUAAACUGUAUAAUGUGGGCGCUCCAGGCAGUGGUUGCAUAACUGGUGUCAAUCCUCGCUAUCCUUCGCUGUGUUCCGUUAAUGAAGUGUUCGAUCCGAAUUAUUGAGCAUAUCGUGAUUUCUAAUGUUAAUAUUAUGUUAUGUAAAUAUAAUAAUGUUAAUUUAAUUAGUUAA